CAUGGUAAAUAUUAAGAAAAAAAACCUGAGAGCUAGAUAAGGAACUCAAAGAUGGAGAAAGAACAUCAUUGUAGAAAUGGGUGAAUUUGAUAAUAUAGAUUUUACAUAAAAUGAUGCUAAACCUGUAGAUUUUUAAGUUGAUGCUCAACCUAUCAAUAUAUAUGAAAAUAAAGAUAGAUUCAAGAAAAAACCUAUUGAUCCUACAAAAUUAUCUAAAUUAGAAAAAAUCAAAAUCUAAAAUAUGGCAGAAUAGUAGAAAAAGCAAUAAUAACCAGAAAAAUAAAAGGAAUUUUAAGAUAUAUGGGCAGAGGAAGGAGGAUUAAAAAAAAUUUAAAGUCCAAAAGUAAAAGCUAUUGUUACACCUCAUCCAGGAUAAUCAUAUAAUCCUUAAUUAAAAGAUUAUAAUGAAUUAUUAGAUGAUGUAGUAAAAAAAGAAAUUAGAUCACAUUAAAGAUUAUAAAAUGUAGAGACUGAAGUAGAGAAAGCAUAAAAAUUGAUUUAAAGGUAUUUAAUAUAAAAUAAUAACUAAAUUAGAGAGAAAGAAAAAAAAUUAAAGAGAAAGAUGAGUAUGAUUUAAAAAGUUCAUGGAAAAGAAGUGGUUGAUAGAUUAAUUGAAAAGAAAAAGAAUCAUGGACUUUUAUUAGUAAAAAAUAUAAAAAAAGAACUUAAUGCUGAAGCUAGAAUGAGACUUGAGAAAAGAAAGUAAUAAAGAAAAGAGAAGAAACUUUUAGAGAGAGCAAGAAAAUUAUCAGGAAGAAAUUUGGUACCAAUUAAAAUAGGAAAUAAAAAGUAAAUAUAAUUAUAAUUUAUAGAGUGGAAGUAACAUAAGAUGAAUUUGUAUUAGAUGAUUAAUUAAAGAGUCAUUUGAGACAUGUUACAUAAGGAGAUUUAUUAGUGAAAAGUGAAUUUGAUGGUUUUGUUAGAAGAGGAUUGAUAGAACCUAAAUCAAAAUCAAAUAAAUUAUCAAAGGCCAAAGUUCCAUUAUUUAAAAUUAAAGAAAAAUGAUU